AUGUCUCUGUACAGCAGCUUUCUCCUGUCUGACGAGCAGUUCCAGUGCUCCAUUUGCCUGGAUGUGUUCGCCAACCCUUCAUCCACGCCGUGUGGACACAGCUUCUGCAUGGCCUGCAUCAACCGAUACUGGGACGGACUGAAGGUCUGCCAGUGUCCUCUGUGUAAGAAGACCUUCCAGAAGCGUCCAGACCUGCAGAUCAACGGCACGCUGAGAGAAAUCACCGAGCAGUUCAGUCUAUGAAAGGUGGAGGUGGAGGAGGAGGUGGAGGAGGAGGAGCUGGGAACGGAGAAGAGGGGAGGAAAGGGAGACGCAGUGAUACCGCGAGGAUUUAUACAACGAGCUGAAGAGGAGGCUGCCUCGGCCUCUGCCAAAGACUCCCGUGAUGCUGAGCAGUCCAUCCAUCUCUGCCUUGCUUCCACCGGUCACACCCUCACUGCUUCAUCGGUACCAAACUACAGUCCACUCGCUGAACUGACCAAUGCCAUCGCUCCUCCUCCACCUCCGUACCGCUUCAGCGGCCGCAGACGCUUCACUCUGAGCGGGGCUGAAAGCAGCCGGAGCCUCCCCAUCUGUGAGGUCCACCACCGAGGAACUACGCUUUAUUGCAGGACCGAUCAGAUGUGUAUCUGUCCUGAAUGUGAGGAAGAAGAUCAUCCAGAUCACGACGUAGUGACCGUGGAAUCAGAAUGGAUGUGUGUUCAGGUUCUGCUGAGUGGAUCAGAGCAGAAGAUCCAGGAGAUGAUCAGACAGAGACUCAGGAAGAUCGAUGAGAUCAGGACGUCUGUCAGUGAGCUGCAGCUGAAGGUGGAGCGGGAGACGGCGGGUAACGUCCGUCUGUUCUCCACGUUGGUGUCGGCCAUCGAACGCUCCCAGGCCGAGCUGAUGGAGGUGGUGGAGAUGAGCAGGAGGGCGGCGGAGCACCAGGCCGACACCAUGAUCCGGCAGCUGGAGCUGGAGGUGGAGGAGCUGAGGGGGAGGGAGACCGCCCUCGCCGAGCUCGCCCAAUCAGACGACUGCAUCCACUGUGUGAAGGUGGACGUUCCACACUGUCCAGCCCCUCCGCCAACCAAAGACUGGUCAGCUGCCUCAGUGAAGUCGGAUCUAGGAACUGGAACCAUCUACAGUCUCCUGGCUGUGCUGGUGGAAAAGUUCCAAGAAGAACUGAAGAACGUUUGCAGAAAACGGGAUGAAGAGGGUCCAGGAAUUGCUCUGGAUGUAACUCUGGACUGUAACACCGCUCACCCCAGACUGGUUCUGUCAGAGGACAUGAAGAUGUGAGAGGCUGUCCGGUGUGGAGAUAAACACCAGCUGCUGCCAGACAACCCAGAGAGGUUUGACCGAGUGGUGUGUGUGCUGGGGAGGGAGGCCAUCACUGCUGGACACUACUGGGAGGUGGAGGUUGGUGGGAAGACAGACUGGGAUCUGGGCGUGGCCAAACUGUCCAUCAACAGGAAGGGGAAGAUCGAAUACACUCCCAGUAACGGAUACUGGUUCCUCAGUCUGAGAGACAAGAAUAAAUACGCUUUCCGUACUGAACCGUCCACAGACGUCAACCUGAACCACCGGCCUCACAAGAUCGGGAUAUUUGUGGACUUUGAGAAAGGACAGGUGUCUUUCUACAACGUGGACGCUAGAAUCCACAUCUACACCUUCAACGUGACGUUCUCUGAGAGCGUCUUCCCGUUCUUCAGCCCCUGCACCAACAAAUCAGGGAAGAACGACAUUCCGCUCAUCAUCACACCAGUCAACAUCCAGGAAUGAUUUUACACUUUAUGGUUCUUCUGCUGCUGCUUUAUGACCUGCUCAUGUUUUAUAUUAAUAUAAAUAUUCAUCUGCGGCUCCUUAAAGUCUCUGUUGACUGUGAACAGUUUAUACUUUAAAGCUAAACAACAAACGUGAUCAUUUAUUAAAGCUAAACUUGCUUCCUUCGUUAUUCAAACAGCUUUUUAUCUCAGGAUGAGGAUUCAUGGUUUGAUCUUUGCUGUCUUGUUGACAACCUGACGAAAAGAUUGAUUCCACAUUCUUAUAUGUAAAGAAGUGAAGCUAUAUGCUAGCUAGCUCAGCAUAAAGUCUUGACAUUAGCAUGUAACAUUAAAAAUGUAAAACAAAGGGUACUAAUCUAUCAGCUGGGGGCUAAAAACAUGCUGUAAAAUAACAGAAAAUAACUAUGUCUGAUGAAAAUAAAAUCGUUUUCCGUCCUCAGAUGAUAAAUUUGGUUUUUUAAUGUUUACUUGUGUAUAAACUGUAGAUAGAUCUAUACAUAACUAGAGAAAUGACAUAUAUAAAAACAGUAUUUUGACAAAUUAUUGAUAUAAUACACCAAUAAAAGCACAUUUAUUCAACAUUUUAGUUGAAAAAUCUUCUGUAAUUAGAUAAGAAAUCUCUCAUUUAACAAAUAAAUCUGUGCAAAAUUACAGAACUAUAGAAGGAAAAUCAGUGAAAUAACAAAUUUGAAUGUAUU